GUCGCUACCGCAAUAUAUGUAUAUGUACAUGUAGAUCCGUUGAUGAUAAGUGAAUUUACUGGAGAAAUUUAGUAGCCAAUUUAUGAUGGGUUUCAGUCAUUGAUGAUUUUCGGCUGACCAGACAGAGUAAUCGAGUUCUCUGACGAGAGAGUUUUCAACCGUGCUUUGGGGACAAUCAGCACGCCAUUGCUUCGCCUAAAAAUUAGAUUGUGACUGCACAUGCGCUGAGAUGGCUUCUGCUUCCAUCUGAAAUUAUUAGUUAAGUGCAAUGGCGAGAGCGAGCGUUCACUAAACAUACAUAUUGUUAUGGCCGAGAAAUGUGGGAUAUUGUGGAAAAACCAGGACGGACAUGACAAAAAUACUCGUCUACGGACUUUUGGUCUUGAACUGGAUACAGAUAGGUGUAAUUAAUGGAUUAUCAGACGGAGUACCCAUCGGCGCCAUAUUUGACCGGAAUUCUGGGCAGGUGCACACGGCGUUCCGUCAUGAAGUGCAGAGCUUCAACAGAGCUUAUUCCGGGGUUCAUCGCUAUAGGCUCGAAAAUAUCACAAAAGAACUUGAUGUAACUGAUAGCUUCGCAGUCAGCAAUGCACUAUGUUCUCAUUUAUCCAAAGGAGUAUUGGCUAUAUUUGGAGUAUCGAACGCCUCAUCAUUAGCAACAAUCCAGUCAUAUAGUAACACAUUUAAAGUGCCAUUUAUUACCAUAAGUAUGGCCCAAAAUACUUCUUCCAUCGACUCCUACCAAAUCUACAUGCGUCCAUUGUAUAUUAAUGCCAUUAUAAAAGUUAUUGAACAUUUUGAAUGGAUGAAAGUGUCGUAUAUAUAUGAUUCUGAUGAAGGAUUAAUAAGACUUCAGCAAUUAUUUCAAUCUACCAACUCUUAUGAAUAUGAUUUACAUAUAGAUGCUAAACGUGUCACUUCUGUAGAGAAUUGUUUUACUGUUUUAUAUGAAUUGCAUAAAAAAGACGAAGAAGAAGAUCAACGAAUUAUUUUAGAUUUACAAAUGGAUAAAUCGGAAGAAGUUAUAAUGAAAAUUAUGCUGUUCCAUGAUAUUUGUAAUGCAAGGUUUCAUUUUCUUCUGGGAGAGUUGGGGAUGUUAGAGAUGAAUUUGUCUAAUUUUGAAAUUGGUGGAAUUAACAUAACGGGUUUCCAGCUGAUGGAUCCAAAAAAUCAGACUGCUGAAAUGUUUUUAAAUUCCUGGAGUAAUUUAGACCCCAAGGAAUGGCCUGGAGCAGGCAAGAAAUCUAUUAAGUAUGAAGCUGCAUUAGCUGUUGAUGCCGUUCGUCUUUUUACCAGGUCUUUCAGUGGUAUUCUCGGUAUAGAUCCAAAUUUCAUUCAUCGUCAAACCGGCUCAGCGAACGAAAAUAAAGGUAUUAAAUGUACCGAUGAUUCGUUGGUGACGAGUCGCCAGGGAGAUAAAAUAAUUAAAGCCAUGAAAUCAGUUAAUUUUGAAGGUGUAACGGGUAGAGUGGCAUUUGAUGAAAAUGGUCACAGGAAAGAUUUUACAUUGGGUGUUUAUGAUGUGGGAAUGAAUAGAGGUACAGCAAAGAUUGGAUACUGGAACAAAAACGAAGGAUUCAUGAUACAACAAGCCAGGUUGUGGCGAGAAUUUGUUCAUUCGCCAAAUCAGAACAGAACCAGAAUCGUGACAACAAUACAGGUAAAACCAUACGUAAUGUUUAAGAAAGAACCAGAGCUUGGAGAACCUAUGGUAUCAAAGAAUAACCUAGAAGGUUAUUGUAUUGAUUUAGCUGAGGCUGUCGCCAGGGAAGUUGGCUUUGAUUACAUCAUUAAAUUUGUGGAUGAUAAUAAAUAUGGUGCUAAAACAGACAAUUUAACCUGGAAUGGUAUGGUCGGUGAACUCAUUAAACAUAAAGCAGACAUGGCCAUUGCUCCUCUCACUAUCACGGCUGCCAGAGAAAGAGUCAUCGACUUCACCAAACCGUUCAUGAGUCUCGGUAUCAGCAUCAUGAUUAAAAAACCCGAAAACCAAAAAGCUCACGUUUUUUCAUUCAUGGACCCAUUGUCAUAUGAGAUAUGGAUGUGUAUAGUGUUUGCAUAUAUAGGUGUUAGUGUUGUGUUAUUUUUAGUUAGUCGAUUCAGUCCCAACGAAUGGCAUUUAAGUGAGGACUCCUCUAUUACAAAUGAUUUUACAAUCUCAAACAGUCUGUGGUUUUCUCUUGGAGCCUUUAUGCAACAAGGAUGCGAUGUGUCGCCAAGAUCGAUGUCUGGGCGAAUCGUUGGAAGUGUGUGGUGGUUUUUUACUCUAAUUAUCAUAUCGUCAUACACCGCUAACCUUGCCGCCUUUUUAACAGUAGAACGCAUGUUAACACCUAUAGAAUCAGCUGAAGAUUUAGCUAAACAAACAGAUAUACAAUAUGGUACAACAAAAUCGGGCAGUACAGAAGCGUUCUUUAAGCAUUCUAAAGUCGAUAUGUAUCAUAGAAUGUGGUCGUAUAUGACAUCAGCGACACCGUCAGUAUUUGUUGAUAAAAUAGAAGACGGUAUUAGAAAAGUGCGAGAUGCUAAUGGAAAAUAUGCUUUUCUAAUUGAGUCUACUACAAACGAAUAUUAUAAUCAACGUGAACCAUGUGAUACAAUGAAAGUUGGUAAUAAUUUGAACUCUAAUGGUUUUGGUAUUGCUACGCCUAUUGGGUCUGAUCUCAAAGACAAAUUAAAUUUUGCUGUGUUAGAGUUGAGAGAAUCUGGUCAGUUGGCUCACUGGCAGAAGAAAUGGUGGCUAGAUGCUGGUACAUGUCCUCCUCAGAAAACAUCAAAGGAUGGUGCACAGAGUGCUCUUUCCUUGGAUAAUGUUGCUGGUAUAUUCUUCAUUCUGAUUGGUGGAUUAGUCCUAGCUUUAAUUACUGCGGGAUUAGAAUUUUUGUAUAAAUCCAAGAUGGAUUCCAGGAGGUAUAAGACAACAUUCGGUUCAGCAAUACGUUCGAAAGCUAGGUUGUCAUUCCGAGGCCAUGCCGACGGCAGUGAACCGAGUACAACUCGUAUGAGGAAAUCUAUGUCCACGUACACGUAUACAGGUCCAUCACAAGUGGUAGGAGUUGAUGCAUAUAGCGAAGCUAAUACACACACACAAGUAUAAUACGUCAUCUUAAUUUUAUCUCUUUAUCAAAUUCAAAAUGUCGUAUUUCAAUUUUUGAGUGUCGGGGGUGGGGGUCUCAAGCUUGCAUAUUGCAGUGGGUUGCGGCGCUUGUGGGGUUCCCCCCGCCCCCUUCCCAUUUCGA